AUGGAAGGAACGAGGCCCAGCCACGCAGGGAACGCAACAACAGCUUCUGCCAACAAGGGCAACACAAUUUCAGAGCCCAACGUUCACUCAGCCGCCGUACCUGGUGCCACCCUCGACGACGAUCAAAUCGUCAAUCCAGCCAAGAACUAUGAUGACGAUUCGGACGAGCCGGGUUCGUAUACUAUCACCUUCAGACCACCUUCUCCUGUGCCCGUUCCCCAGCGCCCGUCGCUAGAGGAGGAGUCGUCAGCCAAGAUGCCUCCUGGCAAGAGACCCCCUCCGCCAAAGCGGGACACAGAUGUCAGUGAGCUUCUAAAUCUGCCACAGAGGAACGAGUUAGUGGCCCUCAUCACGACCAUAACGGAUACCAUGAGAGACAACGUCACGCGGAGUUUCGACUUUCCCCCGAUAACCCUCGCUGGAGACGCAGGUGCCCCCAAUGCCAAGGCCUUGAAGUAUCUCCCCCCUAUUUUCGACAUGAUGGGUCUCAAGAUCGAUAACAUGGAUAAUGGUCGGCCGUCAACCAUAAGCCGCCUCAAAAGCAAGCAGGAUGCUGCUAAGCCCGCACCUCUUGUGCAUAACGGAACGACACCGCUCACUCCAACCCUAGAGAACCUCAAGAAAGAUGCCCUUUCCAAUAUUCGUCGCUGGCAAGCCGCUGUCGCCAAGCGAGUAUCUGAUCUCGUGGUUGCGCGAACAGGGCCCGGCGGCCACCAUCAUCCCGGCGCUCCCAACGCCCUAGCAAAAACCGCCUUUAAGGGUGCCCCUAGCAUGGCCAAGGUGGGCGCAGGACCAGGAUUUACGACGCCUAUGAAACAUUCAGAUGAUUCGCAAUCCUCCACAGUCCUGGAUUCGGAUGCUGUACUCGUACAGCUCUACGCCCCGGCAGUGACCAGCCUCUCGACUCUGCCAAUGGCCAGGAGACGCUUGAUCCUCCACUCAAUGCUGCUGCUUCUGCUGUCUCUCGACACUUAUACAGCCUAUUCAAGAACUCUGAUGCUUUACCUUGCCACGUCUCUGCAGGUCCCUCCUCACAUGCUCGCUAGAGACGAGGUACGUGUCGCCAACGGACUGUCCCGCCUUGCUGCUGAGAUCUGCGUUGAGGACCUACAAAUUCCCAAGAGAGCCGACGAAAAGAAGGAUAUGCGACGAAUGCGGGCUGAGACCGCGAAUGGUGGUCUACUUCCACCCCUUGCAGCCGCCGGCUUCGGUUCGGCUCAGGACGGUGGUGCCAGCAUCAGCCCUGCUACUGCGAACGGGCUCCUCGGGCCCAUGGCUUACAACAACAUGGUGGUCGGAACCCUCUUCGGUAUUUACGGGACCCGAGGCGCCGGCAAGAUGAUCGACUCCUACACCAAAGACGUGUCAGACUUUGCAUUUUUGCCCCUUUACCCGACUUCAGAACCUGAGUUCAGGGGUGCGCGAGAGGUCGGUGUCAACAACCGCAGGCUGCGGGUUGUCUUCUGCAUAAAUGGAUGGGUGACUCGGAUGAACGGACUUAGAGAAACAUGGGAAGUAUUUGGUUCGCACGGCGAAGUCUACGGACUGCGGUGGGAGGCGGAUUCGCUCGUCAAAAUGGGCAAGGCGCUGGUGACAGUGGCACGCAGCAAGGCCUGGUCAGAAGCAAAAGGGGAUUUUGUUGCUCGUCAGAGUAGUCUCCCUGGCUCAACAGCUUUCCAGAUGCUGAGCAACGCCACGGUGUACGCCAGCCUUGGGCAGAAGACCUGGCUAGAGCAAUGGCCACCUGCUCUGCUCAAGCUAAGUAAGAUUGUCGACAAUCUCUGGGGCAGCUGCAUGGUGAGGGCAGAUAAAACAGGCUCAGUGCUCGCAGAGGCUCUUAUGAACCGCGUCCAAGGCGAGCGCGGCGUCACUCUCGUUGGGUACAGCCUCGGAGCACGGGUCAUCUUCAACUGCCUGAUGGCGUUGGCGGAGCGGCGCAUGCUGGGAAUCGUCGAGAACGUGGUUAUAAUGGGCGCACCGGUCUCUUCUGAUAGUCGAGUGUGGUCUGUUCUCAGAAGUGCCGUUUCGGGGCGCUUAAUCAACGUCUAUUCAGAGAACGACUACAUGCUCGCCUUCUUGGUUCGACACGGGUGCGUCCAGUUUGGCAUAGCAGGCCUCCAAUGCAUCGAGAAGCAGAACGGCGUGGAGAACGUUAACGCCAGUGCUAUGAUCACCAACCAUCUGCGGUACCAGUAUCUAGUCGGCACCAUUCUUAAGAACCUAGGCUGGGAAGACAUUGAUGGAACGGUUGUCGCGGCCAAGGAAGAGGAGUUGAGGGUUCUCGAGGACCUUAUCGACUACGACAAGCGGAUGCAGAGGUAUAAUGCUGAGCUCGCCACCAAGAAGAGGGAAGAGGCUGCAACCAAAGAGGCUGCAAUGGCCGAGGAGAAAGACCCAACGGUGCCUUUGACCACACCCCGACAGAAACAGGCGGCGAGUCGGAUUCCAGGUUCCAAGAACAGGAAGAAGAAUUAA